UGGGUUGAACGCGACCAUUGUUGACAGUAAACCGCGUGAUAACGAUUAAUCUCCAUUUCCUUCGAUCGCCGUGGCAGCUUUCGCUGCGCUUCCCUGUAAAUUGAAACAUCUACUCGAAAUGAAAUAAAUCUUUAUACGUGUAUCCAAUCCCUCGCGUUUCGAAGAGAAAAGAGAAUCGAGAGGAAAGGAAAAUUUGACGGCAGUUGAACGCAGCUAAUUGUGAGAAACGUAUAUACGGCGAAUCCGUAGAUAUAGAUAUCUAUAUGCUUCGACGGGAAGCAACGGAAUACGGAAAGCGAUAAAAUUGUGGAAUGGUCGGACGAAGGGAAGAGGCAAUGUAGGAGGUGUGCGCGAUUAACGUUAGGAAGCGGAUAGAUCGUUGUUCUUCGCGUUGGUACAGUCAUUCCCAGCGGCGGAGCUCCAGCUGGCCACCGCUCAGUGAGAUACCGAGCGCCCAAAUGUCAGACAGCUCUUGACGGCGGGGGGCCGAGGAGUGGGAAUGUGACCGGGCGCAGCAUCUCUCGGUGGAGUUUGAAUUUCCUCAGCGAAUCGCGUCCGGCCGCGCGAAUCGUGCAACGAUGGAGAAUCAGCAGGUGAGAGCGUUGUACGAUUUCACGGGCGAGUCGGGAACAGCGGAGCUGUCAAUCACUGCCGGCGAGCUUCUGACUGUCAUACGGGACAACGUAGGUGAUGGCUGGUGCGAGGGAUUUAAUCAGAGCGGCCAGUCAGGACUGUUCCCAGCGGCGUAUGUCCAAGUGGUACAAGUCGACCAAGUUGCGCCUUCUUCCAAUACUAUGACAUCAUCCCAACAAAGUUCAGGAGAUUAUUGGGAUGAUGAUUGGGACGAUGAUUCCGAAGUUGGACAAACGCAGGCUUAUGUCCCAUCUACGCAGCAGCAGCCACAAAUGAUAUCACUGUCGCAACAGAAUAACGUCAGCGACCAUGGAGAUCCAGUGUCCAUGCACACUAUACAUUCUGUGAUACCCGAGAGACCUAUACCAAAUGCACCAAAGAAAAACAAUAAGUUUUCUACGUUAAUCAAGUCGGGCGAAGAUAGUUUUCUGCUGGGUGUCAAAAUGGUAACUGUGCCUGACAGCGAGAAAAUUUUUAUAGAAGAAGGAGAGGGUAAUCGAUGCACGUGGUUACCAACUGGUGAAUCCUACAGUUGCGUCGUCACAUCGCCCAAAAAGGAGUCCAAACUGAAAGGUCUCAAAAGCUUCAUCGUCUACCAGUUAACUCCUACGUUCAAUAAUAUACAAGUCUCGAGGAGAUAUAAGCAUUUUGACUGGCUGCACGAACGCUUGGAAGAGAAGUAUUGCUUUAUUCCGAUUCCGCCGCUACCUGACAAACAGAUAUCGGGACGCUACGAGGACGCGUUUAUCGAGCACCGACGUACGCAAUUACAGGAGUUCGUCGAUUAUGUCUGUCGACACCCCGUGUUAUCGCGCAGUCGUGUCUGGGAGCAUUUUAUCACCUGCACGGAUGAGAAGCGAUGGAAAGCGGGGAAACGGCAGGCAGAGAAGGAUGAGUUAUUAGGAGUGAAUUACUUCAAUGCUAUUCAGUGUCCGGACGCACCACUGGACAUCAUAAAGAUGGAGCUCCAGACAGAUGCCUUUAACAGAUUUAUCAGCGGUCUGGAUCCAGUGGUGAAGAACUUCAUGGCUAUGGCGGUCGAUCAGGCGAAGAAACAUCAAGUAUUAUACAAGAGAGAGUUUCAAAAGAUCAGUCAAUCGUUCACGUCACUCAGCCACGCUCUGGAGGCGGACGACAACGGCCGCGGUAGAUUGACACGUGCAUUGAAAGCGACCGGUGACGCUUAUAACGAUAUCGGUAAACUGUACGAAGAACAGCCGAAGUUCGAUUGGGAGCCGUUAUCCGAUAAGUUCCAUAUUUAUCGCGGUAUUAUCAGCAGCUUUCCCGACGUCACCAGCAUUCAUAAGAGCGCCAUGCAAAAACGAAGGGAUUGCGAGCGACUGGUCAGCGAGCAUAAAAUGGAGCCGCAGCAAUUACGCGAUCUUUCCCAUCGGACGGAUGUGAUAGCUCGUGCGCUGAUCGCCGAGGAGACCCACUUCCAGACGGAACGGGAAGUGCAUGUAAAUAAGGCCGUAAGGACGCAUCUCACGGAACAAAUCGCUUUCUAUCAGAAAAUAGUUGAUAAAUUACGGGAGGCGUUAAAUACAUUCGACGGAUAAUAUUUAUAAUUGCCACAAUCUGCCUAAAAGUAACAUAAUCCGGCCGCUUUAAGGCCGACACCGAUGCUAGCUAAAAAAGAUAUCUCAGUCAUAAUAAGGAAAUGCAUACAGUGAAAUAUUGUACAUACAUUAGGUUCUAAUCUAUUUGAAUCAGCACAGUCAUAAUUGAACGUUAAAGAAUAUCAAUACAGCUGUGCAUAGCCGCCAAGUAUUUAU